AAAGGCAUAUAAUGCGCAACAUCUUGCUAUCAGAGCAAAUAUUGGCCUUUAUGUCUAUUUAGCUGCACGCUACUGCUAUCCCCUUGUCCCUUUAUCUCUCCCUGUCUCCUGACUUAAAGUGUUUCCUUUUUUUUUUCUUUACUUGGCCUGGUGUUCUGAGGUAUGCAGCCCAGCCAUACCUCAAAUUCAGCCACCUAAGACAGUCAUUUCAGAUGAAAGACUCUGCCUAUAUCAUGACCAUAGCCCUCUUAUCCCCUUAUCUCCCUCCUAAUGUCUCGACUACUUUUCAUUCUUCCCAUAUUCACCAAAUACUAGCAAGGUAGGUGGUGAAGGCAAUGUCUUUAUUUGGGCUCAGAUGAAGAUCCCUUUUUCUUUCUCCCAAAUACCAUCCAUGAGAACGCCGAAAAAAAGAAAAAAAAAAGUGAAAACAAGCAAACUUGAAGACCCAGAAAAAAAGCCUAUAAAGGAAAGACGAGGGGGUAGGUUGUUACUUUUAUUGUCUUCCCUUUAUUCUGAUUGCUUUUUGUUAUUUUCAUUACUAUUCCUUGUUUGCCUUGGGUGUUAUGUUUUAGUCGCUUGACUGAUUGGCAACCAACUAGUCCUUGCCAUUCUACUUCUGCAAGCAAGUGAGCCUGAUAUAUCGAUGUAUUGGGCUUGCUAGAAGAGCUUAUACGUUAGUAUCUAACAUUUAUUGCUGGGUACAUAUCUUUACAUAGUACUAUGCUGUAGUUUCUUUGUGCGAAGGUCUCCUGAUCCUUGUAUAGGGUUACUACGGAAUCAUGGUGUUAGUAAACCCCUCGUCGAAAUUAUUAUGCAAGGGAUGUGGGAGGCUUCAUGUUAGAAUAUUUUACCGUACAAACGGGAUUUACGAGCUAUGGAUAUAAACAAUGCAUUAUGGCCUUAUAUUUGUCUAUUUCUUCUGCUUAGCGGCACGGAAGUUUGUACUACUGCUACCGGAAGGCAAGACGAUGAUAAUUUAUCUAAAUCCGAGUAGAGGUGAACCGCUCGAACUGCAGUUCAUCAUAUAAAUAACAUGAGGGAAUUAUUAUGGCAACAUUGAAGAGAUAUACUCCGAAUCAGCAUUAUCAAUAACUCCAGCAAUAUCAAGAUAUAAAUAAUUCAAAGAAACAAAGGACCCUUAAAGUACGCUUAUAUAGUUCCCUAUCCGGUCUUUCUGGUUCUGUGCAAUGCACUCUGCGAUCCAAGUAAUGUUCCGAAUUUCCUAUUUCAAUACAUGAUUAGCUCAUAUGCCUGGUAUAACACUGGGUACCUGUAAGAACUGACCUGUUCUCGCAAUUUGACCCAGGCGUAUAUUAUAGCCGGUGUGAACUGGCGAGUGAAUGCCAGCUUCAACAAUUCCAUCUCUCUCUGGUAGAAAAGGUCUUCCAAGCUCUUGCCUUCGCUUCCAGCGCCAGAUCCGGACUGGUUCAGACCAACAGUGUCAAAGAAGGCUUUGUAGUCGGCAACUACAGUCACUGCGAGAGAGACACCCUCGAGGUCAUCUGCGCGAGAAAGCAUCAAAGAGCCUUCAGGAUACAAUUUGCCGAACUCUGGAUAUAGCUUUUUCCUCUCGGUCUUGGAGAGUUCGGUGCCGAACGAGUUGAGAGUGAUGUUGAUUGCCCGACGAUCAGCCUCAAACUCUAGUGCUUCACACAUGACUUGGGAGGUAGGAGAGUCUUUAAGCUCGGGGUCAGAGUUGAUAAACCGGUAAAAGUCCUCCAGAUAAUUCUUGUACAGAGUGUUUCGGAUGAUUUCGAUGUUUAGUUCAUCCAGAUCCUGAUGGCUCAGGCUGCCCUUGAAGUAUGGUGCUAAAGGGGUUUCGAUAAGGACAGAGUUAUACAAUUCUUCGAUAUUGGUUGCCACGCAUAGGACUGGCAUUGUCUCAAAGAAACCAAGUGGGUGGCAUCUGUCCAGGAGCUCCCGAGUGUCUCGCUCGUGAAGAGUACCGGUGAUGAGAAGUGCGAUGUUAUCAAUCAUGUACCCAUAGGUAAGGUAUUCCAUAAACUUGGCCGUCGAGCCACUGGCUUGCGCCUGCAGAUAGCGGAAUUCAGCAACAAGCUUAUCGGUGGCUUUACCAGCUAGAGCAGAUGUAGAGGGAUUCGGGGGGAGAGCGGCUAGAAAAUCGCCAUAUGAUGGGCCAAGCUGGAGCUUGACGUCUGUAUUUACAUGGUCAGCCCUAGCACAUCACAAGCUAUCGCGACGACCACUAUCAUCAAGGGAUAAUGCACAUAGCCAUUGGCAGCUAUCGUAAGGAUAGGUUCAUACCAUCCACGGUAUCGCAUUGCGUCAAGUUACUGUAGUUCUGCGAGUUUAGAAGGUUAUUGCGGUAUCCGCGAACAACUCCUUCGACAUAGCUGAGCAAAAGAUUAGCCGUCCGUCUCGUUCCAGCAAAUACAAGGAUGACUUACCCGUUAUCCACGUUAAAGAAGAGACCCUCCAUGGUUGGCCAAGGAAUGCGUGUCUGGUUGUUUCUGGUCCUCCAGCCCCGUCUGGUCGUCUUCCUCGUCUUCCUCCUUGAUAUCACUUCCGAAGGUCAGCAUGAGCUUAUACUAUUCACGUGAUGUAUUACAUAAUACAUAGCGUGCUUUUUUUACGACAUCGAAAAAAAAAAAGAAGCAAAAAAUUUAUUUGGAUUUUCGAUUGAAAAAGCGAAGAAACAGUUGUGCGUCUCUUGUGCUCAACGCUGCAGAAGCUCUCCCUGACGCAUUCUGCUCGCGUGAUAGCUCCAGUGAAGCUAGGCGAGAGUCUUUUUUAUUUCAUUCAAUCUCCCGGGACGCCGUCGCCAUGACACUAUUCAUCCUUACCGAGACCAGUGCGGGCUAUGCCUUGCUUAAGGCAAAGGAUAAGAGGCUCCUCAAGCGAGAUGAUCUCGCUACAGAGACAGAGACCGCUGAAGGAAUAUCGAAUCUGUAUGUUUGCAAUUGCGCUUUUCUGUUUGAGAUGGUCGAUAAUCCUUCGAUUGCGAUUUAUACCACUGCAUUAUCGACAUUGAAUCUUUCCUCCGCAUUUUGAUAGCUUCAGCUUUUCGGGUAUCUGCUUUUUUGGAGAAAUGGACUAAUAGCAAAUUCUUGCAGUAUGAAAUUGAAGAACUUCCAGAAAUUUGACAGUGCCACUACUGCUUUGGAAGAAGUUGCAUCGGUUAUCGAUGGAAAGGUCACACCGAGCCUGGCGAAUUUGCUCGAGAAGAUCAAAGACGAAAAGAAAGUCUCCUUAGCAGUUGCCGAUACCAAACUUGGCAACGCGAUUGGCAAGCUGCCUGGACUCUCCAUCCAGCCUAUUGCAGAUGGAACGACUGCUGAGCUUUACCGUGCCAUAAGGGCCCAUCUUCCCACUCUUAUUCCUGGAUUAGUUCCCUCUGAUAUCUCCACCAUGUCCUUGGGUCUAUCCCACUCCCUUGCCCGCCACAAGCUCAAAUUUUCCGCAGAUAAGAUUGACACUAUGAUUGUUCAGGCAAUUUCUCUGCUUGAUGAUCUCGACAAGGAGCUCAACACGUAUGCAAUGCGUGUGAAGGAAUGGUACGGCUGGCAUUUCCCGGAGCUGGCUAAGAUAUUAAACGACAAUUUGGCCUAUGCUAAGGUUGUCCUUAAGAUGGGUAUCCGUAGCGACUCUGAGACUACAGACCUUUCGGAAAUUCUGCCUGAGGAGAUUGAAACCGCCGUCAAGAUGGCCGCCAACAAGUCCAUGGGAACUGAGAUUAGCAAUGAAGAUCUCGAGAAUAUUCAAUCACUUGCUGAACAGGUUGUUGCUUUCUCCGAAUACCGCCAACAGCUUGCGAACUACCUCUCUGCUCGUAUGGCUGCCAUUGCUCCUAAUCUUACUGCCUUGGUUGGCGACCUAGUUGGUGCUCGAUUGAUUGCGCAUGCUGGUAGCUUGAUGAAUCUCUCUAAGAGUCCUGCAAGUACUAUCCAGAUCCUUGGUGCUGAAAAGGCCUUGUUCCGUGCUCUUAAGACUAAGCAUGACACUCCCAAAUACGGGUUGAUCUAUCACGCUUCCCUCAUUGGCCAAGCUACUGGUAAAAACAAGGGUAAAAUGGCUCGAGUUCUGGCUGCCAAAGCUGCAAUUGGUCUCCGUGUUGACGCGUUGAGUGACUGGACUGCUGACGCUGACGGCAACGAGCCCACCGAAGAAGAAAAGAGUGCCCUCGGUAUGGAGUCGAGGUACUACCUUGAGAAGAAACUUGCAUUCCUCGAAGGAAAGCCACUUAAAGCUAGGGGUGUGGCUAUUGCUCCAAACGGAGUUGAAUCCGCUGUUCCCAAGAAGUGGGAAAUCAAAGAGACCAAGAAGUACAACACAGAUGCUGAUGCCCUAGCUGGCAACAAACCCGAGAAGAAGAAGUCUAAAAAAGAUAAGGAUAAGAAGAGUAAACUGGUGGAGGAAGUUGAAGCUGAGGAUGAGGAAAUGAAGGAGGCUGAUCAAGAAGACGAGGAGGAUGAAGACGACUCAGAUGAAUCUGAGGAAGAGAAGCCUAAGAAGAAAUCUAAGAAAGAGAAGAAGUCAAAGACAAGUGGCGACGACAACGUUGAAGAACUUGCUGAGAAGGCCGGCCUCAGUGUCAAGCGAUAUCUCCGAAAGCUUGAAAGAGGCGAGAUAUCUUUCGAUAAGGACGGCAACCCAACUGCUAUUAGCAAGAAGGAGCUGAAGAAAGCCAAGAAGGAAGCCAAAAAGGCCGAGAAAGAGGAAGGCAAGAAGAGAAAACGCUCAGACGUUGGCGAUGAUGCCGAAGAAUCCAAGGGUGAAAAGAAGAAAAAGAAGAAAAGCAAGGCCUAAUUGAUGCGCAAAAUACCCUCAAUGCCGUCCGAUCCUUUUUGUUGCUGUAUCAUAUCCAGCUUCUGGUGUCUUGGUUUCUGUCUUCUUUUUGAUAGGGUGGCAUCACUCAUGGCGAGAUGUUAUUUCUUUGAAUCUUUCGACUUUUUCUGAUUUUUUUCUUGUCAUUUUCCUUUGGAUCUUUUAUGGUGGCGCUUGGGGUUCAUUUCAAUUUGGUUUCUUCAGACACAGUACCAAAGGAAAAGUGUUCAGAUACUUUAUAUUUAUCAGCCAUUGAAGCCUUUUAUACCACCUCUUCUUCUUUUUUUUUUUUUAUAUAGCUGUAUUGCUAUAUCAGUAGCUGUACUCUGUAAACAUGGAAUCAGACUUUCCAGACUGCCCUUAUAUCAGCAUUAGGCAUCACCAUUGCUCCAGAUUAAAGGUAUAGCUGUUUUCACCCAUCUCAUCGCGUGCAGGAGCCCUGUAGUUGAUUUUUUAGGUUACCAGUUUCGGGCGUUCCUGUACUGCUGCUGGAUUCGUUUACAUUUAGCUCUUCUAAAGCAUAGAGCCAAUUCUGUGCCUCUCAUAUUCUUUCUCUUAGGGUACCUAGCAUUUGCAUGUAAUAGAGAGGUUGAAGAACACCUGCUGACCAAUCGGAG